CUGCUUGAUUGACAUGCGGAGUACUCCAGAACCGAACGCCGGCCAAUCAGAAGACAGAGACCUCACCCCCACGUGGGACUCAGAGCGCUCAUUGGUCAGUGCGUCUUGCACUGGAUUACAGCCGAGUCGAACCCCACGUGGAGAGUUCAGUCAUUCAUUGAUCAAUUCCAUGCAGCAACCCCCCCCCUUCCCCCCAUCGGCAAAUUUACUGGUACAUCAAACUGGGAAUUCUUAAGAGGGAGUUGUCUGAGAAGACAAGACGUGCAAUUGCCAAUACACACGAAGAUCCACACUCGCAGAACUAGAUGCCAGGAAAAUAAUUUUAAAAAUAAAUAAUUUUUGCAAUUCCGUUCAUCUUAAAUACACAGUGGGACAUUUAUCAUAAAUGCAUUUAAAAGAUACUUCUGCCUCCAAUGUGGAACUCUGAAUUGCUUUUUCCCCCUUUCACUAAAUAUAAUAUCAUACCUAAUCAUUCAACUAGAAAUUAAACGAAAAGGCUAUCCACUGAUUUUAAAAUGAUCAUAAACUAGGUCAGAACAACUAACAAGCAACAGGGCAAGAACUGAACCGGACUGUUUUUACCAUUUGGGUUUUUUUUUCAACGUGGAUGCCAUCUCUAAAGAACUGAACAAAACAACGCCUCGCAAGAUAGGAAGAGAGCGUUGAAAGGGAAGAACGAAAGAUCAGCAGCCAGCUAGCUAGCCUCCGUCGGAUCAUUAACGAAAGCAGCGUCUCAGAUGAAAAACUAGCCAGUCCAUUCUGUCCGACUGAAAACCUGGGGAGUUGGGCUCGGGCAAUAGCGGAGGCAGGCGGACAGAUAGUUUUCUGAAGAGCAGGACGACGGCCGCGAGACAAAGGGGGUUUGCGGUUUGCUGCUGCGGCUGCAUCGAAUCUCCCCAGGCCGGUCCUUCCUGAGCUCGUGGUCGCUGCUACACCUUCAGCCUCUGGCGGAAUUGGUACGCAGAAAGCAGCGCGUGGAGUAGGAAAACACCGAGUGUUUUUUUCUUUCCCCCCCUGAAAGCCAAGAGAUCGGGAGAGAUCUCAUACCACAGGGGUGUCGCGCGAAGAAAACACCAAAGAUUUUGGACUGAGGGCGAAACUGCUGGAUGUUUUUUUUUUAGCCUCGGUCUAUAUGUAUAUUUUUCUUUUUUCUUUGUGUCGAAAAUAACGCGGAACAAAGGGAGACUCGUGAACGGAAUGCGCGAGCGGAGAACAAGCUUGCCGUUGCCUGCGAAAGAAGGCCCCGUGCGUGUCUGAAACCAGCAAGAAGAGUCGGCCCCCAGGACUUGUUUGUUACAAACAAAUUUAAAAGCAGAAUAAAAAAAAAAAUAAAAUCUUUCAGGUAGUCAAGAUGUUCCCUCAGAAUCGACAAACGGCACCUCUGCAGCCACCCCCGGGGUCCUCGGUGUCAGCGGCCGCCGCAGCAGCAGCAGCGGCAGCGGCAGCUUCUGGAGCCCCACAGGCUUUGAAACUCACCUACCCCGAGACCCUGGACCGCAUCAAGGAGGAGUUCCAGUUUCUACAGACACAGUACCACAGUUUGAAGCUGGAGUGUGAGAAGCUGGCUACAGAGAAGACUGAGAUUCAGAGACACUAUGUGAUGUACUAUGAGAUGUCGUACGGCCUGAACAUAGAAAUGCACAAACAGACGGAAAUCGCAAAGAGGCUGAACGUGAUCUGUGCCCAACUCAUCCCCUUCCUGUCACAGGAGCACCAGCAGCAGGUGGUCCAGGCCAUGGAACGCGCCAAGCAGGUGACUAUGGGGGAGUUGAAUGCGGCGAUAGGGGUACGUGGACUCCCCCUUCUGCCUCCCACACAGCAGCUGCAGGCUCAGCACCUAUCCCAGCAUGCAGCGCAGGGCCUGCCCAUGGGGGCCCACCCCUCCAGCCUGCAGCACCCGGGCCUGGCUCUGGGGGCCGGCUCCGGCCUGCUGGCCCUCCCCGGAGCCCUGGGGGCCCAGCUGGCCGCCAAGGAGGAGCGCGCUCACCUGGAGGCCAUUGCCGAGCAACACAGAGACCGUGAGGCGGGACCUAGCUCCCUGUCCAAUGGAGAUAAGGGUCGGGGCUCUGAGUACCUGAGCAACGGGAAGAGGAGGAAGCCGGAGGAGAAGGAGUUCAUGACCGACUACGGCAGCGACGCUGACAAGAGCGAUGACAACCUGGUCGUGGAUGAGGACCCCUCGUCCCCCCGCAGCGUGCAGUCCUACUCGUCCCGGGAGAACGGGCUGGAGAAACUCCCCGCCUCCCGAAAGGAGGCCCCGCCCCAGGCCAGCCCCGCCUCCCUGGCCUCCUCCAGCAGCGCCGCCUCCCCAUCCCGCAGCAAGGAGGUGCCCUCGAGGGACAAGUCCAGCACCCCCGUGAUGAAGCCGGGCACCCCAAUGCCUCCGGAGUCUUCCACCCCGGGGCCCAGCGCGCCCCCCCAUUUCCGCCCCGUCCCGGGGAAGCCCGGCAUCGACCCCCUCGCUCUGGGUCUGCGGAACUCCCUGGCGGUGCAGGGUGCCUACCCGGCCGGAGCGUUUGGGCUGCCCCCGGGGGUGAACGGGGAGCUGGGCGGGGCAGCCGCCGUGUACGGGGCGGGGCUGCACCUGGUCUCCCCCGAGAUGAACGGGGUGGCGGUGGCGGCUGCAGCGGCGGCUGCUGCGGGAUACGGGCGCCCCCCGAUGGUGAGUUAUGAGUCUCCACACUCCCGUAUGAGAGUUCCAGGCCUCCCUCCCAGCAUGCAACAGGCUGCCUCAGGAAAACCUGCGUACUCGUUCCACGUGAGCGCGGACGGGCAGAUGCAGCCGGUGCCCUUCCCUCCGGACGCUCUGAUUGGCCCGGGCAUCCCGCGCCACGCCCGGCAGAUCCACAGCCUGAGCCACGGGGAGGUGGUGUGCGCCGUCACCAUCAGCGCCUCCACCCGCCACGUCUACACCGGCGGCAAGGGCUGCGUGAAGGUGUGGGACAUCAGCCAGCCCGGCAGCAAGACCCCCAUGGCCCAGCUGGACUGCCUGAACCGAGACAACUACAUCCGCUCCUGUAAGCUCCUCCCAGACGGGCGCACUCUGAUCGUCGGGGGCGAGGCCAGCACGCUGUCGAUCUGGGACCUGGCCACGCCCACCCCGCGCAUCAAGGCGGAGCUGACGUCCUCGGCCCCCGCCUGCUACGCCCUGGCCAUCAGCCCCGACAACAAGGUCUGCUUCUCCUGCUGCAGCGACGGCAACAUCGUGGUGUGGGACCUGCACAACCAGACGCUCGUCAGGCAGUUCCAGGGCCACACGGACGGGGCCAGCUGCAUCGACAUCUCCAGCGACGGGACCAAGCUGUGGACGGGGGGGCUGGACAACACGGUGCGCUGCUGGGACCUGCGGGAGGGGCGGCAGCUGCAGCAGCACGACUUCACCUCCCAGAUCUUCUCUCUGGGGUACUGUCCCACAGGGGAGUGGCUGGCCGUGGGGAUGGAGAGCAGCAACGUGGAGGUGCUGCACGUCUCCAAACCCGACAAGUACCAGCUGCACCUCCAUGAGAGCUGCGUGCUCUCCCUCAAGUUCGCCUACUGCGGUGAGCCCAGCUCAGCCAAGCUUUCACCCAUCUGCUGCCUGCUAGACAUCUGGGCCACCCCUCUCCCCUCUCCGCAGUCCAAGGAGUCGUCCUCGGUGCUCAGCUGUGACAUCUCCCCGGACGACCAGUUCAUUGUCACAGGCUCGGGCGACAAGAAGGCCACCGUUUACGAGGUCAUCUACUGAGGAUGCUCACCGAUUGGAUAACGUCCCGGCGAGGUCAUUGGUUUCCGUGCACCAAAGAACAGAGAAGGGGGCGUGGCUUGGCGAGACCUAUGGAAGGAGAGCUGUAUAUUCUUUUUUUUUUUUUUUUUGAGGGGUACUACUACUUUUAAAAUUUGUGAACAGGACGGGCGCUGAGGCUGACUACAGAUUUCUCCAAAGACUUUGAACCUUGUUUUGUUUUUGUCUUUUUUUUUUUAAAGAAAUCAAACCUCUACUGAGCCUUUGGGGUCUUCAUAAGCAGCAAGGUCUGGUAUGUGUUCUUCGGGGCGGGGGGCGGGGGCGUUAGGAGUGGGAUAUCGGUCUAAGACUUGUCCCAGCUGUGUAUGCGCGUGUGUGUGUAUGCGCGUGCGCGUGUGUGUAUGUGCGUGCGCGCGUGUGCGUGUGUAUCAGUUUGUUGCACCAAGCGAGGUUCAAACGUCUUUUCGGCGUUUCCUGUUCGUAGUCAUGGUUACAGCCGUGUACCGUUCAGCGCUGCCUUGGUCAGACACGGCUGUUCAGGGGUCAGGGACACGUUUCUGCACACGGCUAUCGUUUCGUCGUUUUUUUAAAUUUUAUUUUAUUUUAUUUUAUUUUUCCAUGUCAGGGCACAUAGGCAGGCGUCUCCACGGCAGCGGGCUGGGGGGGUCUGUGUAGCGUUACUCGCGUUCUGUGCUCUCUCUCUCUAAGCGGAAGGUCCUCUCGAUCGCCCCGGAUCCCCUUUGUGACACUCGAUUGGGUGACUCGUGCUCAGCUUUCUGGCUCUCCCGCCCUUGUUGAAUUUCGACGAGGUUAAAAGCCGCGUGGCGAUUGCUCUCGUGGCAACUGCGAGCCGAGAUGGGACGACCUUUGAGGGGGGGGGGGGGGGACAUACAGGCUAUAUGUAAGUAUGUACAUUUUCUUUUUCUUUCUUUGAUUUUGGGUUUGCACUACAGACUUUGUCCACCAGAGGGCAUGCUCCCAUCCCCAGCUUUUAAGAUGGGUGCCGCUGCUCCUUUUUUUUUUUUUUUUUUUUUUUUUUUUUUUUAAACGUGGUCUGGGAGCAGCCCAGGUGAGCUCACCUUUGAAUGGAGGAUUAUGAGAGUCCAGGACUGUGGAACUUUGUGUCAGUCGGAGUCCUCUUCUGACUGUUCUGGGAUCAGCUCUAACGGGACGUCCGGUUGGCUUUGAGAGAGAGGACUCUGUGGGACUGAGGGUCAGGCCAGUCCUCUUCUGACUGUUCUGGGAUCACCUCUUAAGAAGAUAUGAGGCAGGUGUGUGACCCCACAAAACAGGACCCCAGGCCCUGCUCAAAAACUGUCCAAUCAGAUGUCCCAUAUUCGUCUGGGAGGGUGUGUGGGGUAAACGGUACAUGUACGUGAUUAAAUGAGACCAAUAAACUAUUUUGUAUGUUU